UUUGUCAUCUGCACAAUGCCUCAGAGAGCGGGUCCAUAUGGAAUAUUUGCUGGUAGGGAUGCCUCCAGAGGACUGGCGACAUUUUGCCUAGAUAAAGAUGCACUUAAAGAUGAAUAUGAUGAUCUGUCAGAUUUGAAUGCUGUACAAAUGGAAAGUGUCCGAGAAUGGGAAAUGCAGUUUAAAGAAAAAUAUGAUUAUGUAGGCAGACUGCUAAAACCAGGAGAAGAACCUUCAGAAUAUACAGAUGAAGAAGAUACCAAGGAUCACAAUAAACAGGAUUGAACUUUGUAAACAACUAAAGUCAGGGGCCUUCAGAACUGCGAUUCUUACUCCCUUUCACAGAAUGUCCAGCGUCUUUGGGUUUGGUUCACAUGCUGCAAAAAAACAUUCAACAGAUUGUGUACAAGCUAAAUGAAUCUCACUAUGAAGUUUUGAAAACUAGACAUUAUUUAUGCUGCCAAACUCAUUUGUUACAGUUGUUUGUAAUGUCAGUUGGGGCUUCAUCAUCCUGAAAAGGAGAUAGGAAUUAUUUUUUUAUAGAGCAAGAAAGUUACAAGGUUGCUGUUCUUAUUUUUUAAAAAAAUCAAAGACAACCAGAUAUGUAUUUGCUACUUAAGUAUACAAAUCUCAAAAACAACAAGGGAUUCCUAUUUGCUGUGCUGUGCUUUUGUUUUGGUAUUGAGGGAGGGAGGAAACCUGGGCAGGAGAAGGCUGGGUGCAUAUCAAUUUGAGUAGUUUAGGCCAGCGGUCGCCAAUCUUUCGGACCUCAUGGACCACUGGUUGGCGACUGCUGCUCCAAAGAUUUCCUUAAAUCAGCGGUCGCCAACCUUUUGGACCUCACGGACCACCGGUUGGCCGCCGCUGGUUUAGGUUACUGAAACAUGCAAAUGUGAAUUCCCAAACUUUUACUUUUGGGUUUUGUCAGGGAAAAGGGGAAAAAACAAAACACCUUUAUUAGUAGGAAAUCUUUGCAUAUUAGGAGACAGGAUUUCAGGUGGAUUUUAAGUUAAAGUAACCCCAACAGUAAGAUCAUUUGAAACUAGUUUUCAUCCCUUCCCUUUACCUAGAUCAAAUCAAUAUUACUUGUGCCUUAUUUCACUUACAUAGACUUGAAUUAUUUUUAGGGAAAGCCCCUAUGUGAAUUCAGAAGUCACUACAAGCAGCAUUGAGACCGAAGUUGGAAUCUUCUGUUGACUGCAAAACCUUGAUGUCAUUCUGUGUAUAUAGAAUGUAAAAGGAAUAUUCAGUGUUACUGCCAUAUAUGUUAAUAUACACAAACUUAAUUAGCAUUUUAAUGGCCAAAUGCAUUCCCCCAUGCUUUUUUCAAAAAAAUUGAAAACCAAAUCAACAACUCUAUCCCCCAACAGCUCCUUAAUUUUAGGACUCUGACCCUCAUAGCUCACUAGUGUGGGUGCAUGGGGCUUAAGUAUGGAUGUCGUAUGGGUGUGUCUUAAUGUGUGAGAGCGCCUUGGGAGGGACUCUGCAGAUAUGUAAAUACCAGUACUGUUUUAAUAAAGCAUGUAAAAUAAACCAAAAUAA